CGCUGAGAACGUUACCUCCUUCAAUAAUUUUUGCUCGGCUGCGUCCGAGCCAAAAACCAAAAGAUACUUUGAGAAAACUCUAGCUAGAGAGCUGGCUAAAUUAUUAUCGCGGAAAAUCGCGAAUAUUGUGCAAAACAACUGAACCAACAUGUGAAUUAUUGAUAAACUACAGGCCUACAAAGCAGUUGAAACACUUGAGAAAAAAAAGGCAGACAGAAAAUAAAGAGCAAAAACGUGAAAAGGAAAUUUCAAUUAGUGUUUAUUGAAAUUUAUUAAGCGAGAUUUAAGGCGUUGACAUUUUUAUGAUAGCUUUUAUACGCCCAACGAAAGUCUAUUCAAAUCAAAUGCUUGUGAUCAAAACUCAACGUGAACUCUAUCAAAUUAAUUGUGAUAAUAAAUCUAGUUAGACUGAUUAAAGUAGAGAUUAGCCAAACAAGAUGACGCCCAGGCUUAUUACAUAUAUUCUGUGCGGCAUGCGCCAUCCCACAACUGGGCUGAACGAAGACGACCUGAGUCGUCUCACUGGUUCAUCAUCGUCGACGGCUUCGUGCGGCAGCGCAGCAUCCUCAUCAUCGUCCUCAUCCUCGUCGUCCUCGAAUCCCGCUGACCGGCAUGAGGUGGUCUGCAGUCCGGAAAAGCCAACGCCGAAGGGCACGGACAAGAGCCAACUGAACAGCGGCUUUAGCUCCACCUACCUACCGGAGAUCAUACAUCCGGCUCCGGAAUGGCAGAAGUCAUCGCGCAAGCGCAAGGAGCGCCUGGACAGCACGUCGGCCUUUGGCCAGGAUCGGAAGCUGCAGCGCAGCAACAGCGAGGAGCUGCUCACAGAACCGCCAGCCAUCGUGUCUUCCACGGCCCAGGCGGCGGCCGAACUUCUGGAGGCCCAGUGUGAGGUUAUUCGCCGGGUUUCUUCGGAGGAUUUCAAGCGCACGGCCAGUUACGCCAACUAUCGGCAGGAGUUCGAAAGGGAGCAGGAGGAGUGCUCGGAGCUGGGUGAGAACAAUGCCUCGUUGGCGAACCUGCCCACAGGAGAAGCAGCCAAAGAGCGUCCUCGUCUGGAGACAAGCCCCGCUCGCCAGCCGCCAAAGGAGGCUAGCGAUGACUCCGAGUGCGAGCACGAACGGCGACGCAGCAGUGAGCGUUUCUGCAAAUCCCGCCAGCCGCCGGUGCGCAAGUCUGGUGUGGCCAAGAAGGGCGGCGGAGGCAGUGGCUGUAAGUAUCUGCCAUCCCGACGGGAUGAGCAAAGCGCCUACAAGUACGACUUGUCGGCUUUGAAGUACGAACGCAGAGGUUUCAUUAGCAGCAGGAAACAGCAGCAGAAUCAAACACAAGCGAUGCAGUCUGCUGCAGAUCACAACGACAACAACUUGAUAGACUUCCAUCAGCAGCAGAAGGAGCUGCAGUCGAAGAGGAGCGCCAGUAUUUCCCCCACACCCACCACGAGCUCCUCGGCGGGCAGCGAUGACAGCACGCCCACUUCCAAUGCCCCCGCGCCCAUUAAGGCCAAACCCCAGAGGCAGCAGCAGAGCCUGGAUCUCACCUCCGCGCAGGAGUCCCUGCCGUGGGAGCGUGGAGAUGAACCGGCACCCAUUCUGAGCAGGAGGUACGCCCACUCCCGACCACAUAUCGGUGGCAAUCUCGAUGCGGCCGCCAAACUGGCCAAGGUCAUGCCAUAUCCCCAGCAGCUGCCCAAGCAGGCAUCCACCGUGCAGCUGCACUCGGACAUCACCGACAUGGACUGCUGCCUGGAGCCCAUGGACGCAGUGCGAGCGUUCAGUUCGCUGGAGAAUAUGCGAACCCGCGACGUUAUGCAACAAGUGUUGCCCGCCAUGAUGGGUGCAUUUCAAACGCCCGAGGAUCGAGUGAAGGCCAUCAACAGGCGUGUUACUGUGCUCAAGAAGAAACUGGUGCAGCUGGAGGAAUCCCUGGAGCAGCGACUGGGCUACCGGCCAUCGCAGGCGGAGCGAUUGAACGACAAGUACAUGAAGAACGCCCUGGCGGAGUUGAGCAAGCUGCGCAAGGAACGGCACGAGCUCAAGACUGAUCCCAUCGCAGCUCUGGGUCUGAAGGUGGGCAGCGGCGGAGGCGCCGGCAUCGGUGGCCAGGAGGUUGCCAAGAAGCUGGAGCGCAUGAAGGCCACCCUCGCUGAAAUCGAGCAGAAUCUGAACGAGAAACGCGUGAAUGGCCAUCGCUCUGAGGAUCUGAAUGCCGACCAACUGGUGCAGGAGAAGAGCGCCGUGCAGCACGGACUGCUGUACUUUGAGAGCCUCUAUGGUCACCCCAUUACCAAGGAGGAGCGCGAUGCUGCCCGGCCGCUCUACGAUCGCUAUCGGCAGCUGAAGCGUCUGGUGUCGCGCACCGUGAUGUUUGGAGCGGGCACAGGAAUACCCGAGUUGCCCACAAUCCUGGAGCACGAGGCCAUGGUGUUCGAGGCCACUUCCACACCGCUGCAGUAUUCAUCGAACAACAGCACAGAGACCACCAACUCGCCCAGCGACUCGAAUGCCCCGAAUACUCUGACCCAGAAUGCCUCAUCCGACGAGUCGACGACCACCACCACGUUGACGGGUCCGGCAACGGGAAACUCGGCCACAAGCCAGGAGAACCAGGCCGCCAGCGAGAAUAUCGCCGCACUGAGUGUGGACCAGCUGUGGGAGCAGCUAGAUCGAGCCCGCGAUGAGAAAUCCCUGCUAAAAUCCACCAUUCGGGAGUACGAGUCGCUGUUCGAGGAGCAGAAUGGACGCAAGAUGCUCAAGCAGGAUCGUCGCUCGCUGGAGACGGAAACCUAUGCCCAGUACAAGGAGAAGAAGGCCAAGGUCAGACUACUGCAGGCCCUGAUCAAGAAGCAUAUUGGGCAUUAAGCUACGGCUACAGAUAUCCUUCUUCCAUUCAUCCACGCACGCAAAACUAUUUAUUUCAUACCCAACCAAACAAAUACAGACCUAGAUCUAUACAAAUUACACGUAGUUUUUAGACUUAUAUUUACCAUAUAUUCUAUAAUGAUACAUUUUAUGAAUAUUGUUGAUUCCUUAUUGUUUUUUGAAAACAUCUAUUGAGUAAUUGUAAUAAAAGAAAAUUAAAUUUUAUGAGACAAAACGGAAGAGGAGGAGUGAUUGAGAAAGCAAACGCUAGACAUUUGAUUCAGCCCCAUUCUCCACAUUAUUCAUUCGCACGGAAUUGAUAUCUAUGUGUAACCCAAGAAUCUGCAAUAUAUUUUCGCACUCCCCCCAUUUGCGUUCUGUAAAUCGUCAUUGAUGUUAAAAAAUGACUUGGCCUGAUUUGUCCCACUUCUGAAACGGGGAGCACACAUUAUUCGAUUAGCUAUAGUUUCGAACGAUCUAUGAGAGGAGGAACGCGUUGCAGCCGCAAAUCAAAUAGCUAAACUUUAUAAGUGUUGUCUAGUAGAAUUGAACAUUUUAUAUCGAUAUGCAAGCCACUAGCAACCUAUUAACCAAAAUACCCGACAUUAUAUAGUUGUGCUUUCCAUUAAAUGUUUCAGUGUGCAAAUGGCACGCAUCCACGCGCGAAAAAUCGCAAACAUCCGAGCAUUUGAGAGCGUUCGUUGGAAGCGGAAGUUAAGUUUAGACGAUCAUAAAGUUAGGUUCGUGCACUGGCCGAAAAAGUCGGGCAAUGAUUUUUGUGCAACAAGCAAUUGGGUUUUUUGAACGUGUAUGCCCCCUCGGCCCUAACCAACGCAUACAAUAUAUGAAUAUACAUACAUAUAUAUAUAUAUAUUUACAAUGAUAAAGAAUGUAAGGCCCAAGCCAAGCAAACACAUAUGUAACGUGUAUUUGAACCACGUACUUAUAUAUUUACAUGUUUACAUAUACGAACAUCCAAAGCAAAAGUGUAUACACGUAUAGGACUCAACAUUUACAAAUUCAAUAUUCUUAUAUGUGGAACGAGCAGAGCGUUACAAUUAUCUCCCAGCUAACUGAAGCGAUUGAAUGUCUAUACAUAAUUUGUAAUGCAAAAUACAAUAAAAUAUAUCACGUUAUAUUAAACAGUA